AACAAGACAUAAUUACACAAACAUUAUACAGAACAAUCCAAAGACAUGGUUUUGAGGUUACUGUUCUUUCCAGCUUUGAUUCUUUGUUGCAUGUUGUCUGAGAUUAUUGGAGUUUCAGGAGAUGUUGGGUCUGCAAUGCCUUACCAUCCUCCAUACUUGCCAACAAGAUGUGAAGGUUAUAACCAAGAUCAGUUCCCGGCCAGUGGGCAGUUUGUUGCGGUUAGUGAUAGCUUAUGGGACAAUGGAGCAGCAUGUGGUAGGAGGUAUCGAAUGAGAUGCAUCAGUGGCCCCAGACACCCCUGUAAGGAUGAAUAUAUAGUUGUGGAGGUGGUUGAUUUUUGCAAUGAUCCAUGUCCUGUAACUCUGCGGCUGUCGGAUAAAGCCUUUGAUGCCAUCUCAAAACUCUCAAGUGCCAGAAUCAAUGUCGAAUAUAUGCAGAUCUGAGUCUAAUCUGCCUUGGCAUUCUUCGCAGCCAUUAACAUAAAGAUGAAAGAACAUAAAUGGAAUCUUUAUUGUGUUGCACCUAAUAAAGCAUAAUAUUGUAC